UGGGGCGGGGCAGUCAGGCUGUCGGCCGAGGAGACGGCGGGCGGUCGGCUGAUACCAGGAGUCGGGUUUCCAUAGGAACGGCGGAUCGGGGUCGGUGGUCGGCGUCGGGUUUCCAUAGGAACAGCGGAUCGGCGUUGCCUUGGGGGUAGAAGUGGGCUUGAGGCCUACCCGCAAGAUGAGCGAGUGGAGUCCGGGCCGGGAGUUCAUCCACCGGCUGCCCGCCUACAUCAUGCACGAGUUCUGCUCGGUGAUGGAUUCGCUGGACAGCGCCGACUGGGGCCGUUUCGCUUCCUGCAUCGUCAGCGAUAUGACCGACCUACGGCUUCUGGAGAACCGGGGGGACCUGGGUCGGACGCAGAACGUCAUGUGGUACUGGAUAAGCCGAAAUGGGACUGUGGGCCAGCUGCUUCAUAUCCUGACCAGCCUCAACCUGCUGCGAGCUAGAGACAUCAUCCUCUCCUGGAGACCUGUCCCCCGACCACCACCGCCCAGCAUGCCAGCCCCCAGGAUGGAUCCACCCCCGCCCGCCGCCCAGCCCCCGCCAUCGGCCACCCCGCCCCCCAGCAGGUUGGGCUGUGAGAAGAGCUUCAGCGACAAGCUGAGCGAGAAGGAGACGGUGACCAUUGAUUCUCGCAUUCCUUCCGCUGUGGCAUCUAAGAACAAACUUCCACGACCACCCAGUCCUCCGGACAGCUUGUUUACGGACCCCGGCAAGUUAAUUCCAGGUUCCAGCCAGAGAGGGAUGGACCCUCCAGUGUCUCGUCCAGUGACCCCGCCCUCCAUUACGAAGAAAGUGUUCUACUGGCCACUGGGUGAACUCCGAGAUGGCACCUGCAAUUUCGCGGAAAACCAGAAGAUCGGUGAAGGGGGCUUUGGCUGCGUUUACCGGGCAGUGAUGCGUCAUACCCAGUAUGCGGUCAAAAGGCUGAAAGAGGAUGCUGAUUUGGACUGGAAGACGGUGAGGGAGAGCUUUUACACUGAGCUGGAGAAGCUUUAUCAGUACCGACACCCGAACAUUGUGGACCUGGCCGGCUGCUGUGUGGAGGAUGACGUCUACUGCCUGGUGUACACCUACAUGCCAAAUGGCUCACUACAAGAACGCCUCCAGUGUCAGGACGGCACAGCUCCACUCUCGUGGCUGCAGAGGGUCGAGGUGGCGCUGGGGGCCGCCCGGGCACUCCAGUUCAUGCACAGCAGUAGCCCCAGCCUCAUCCACGGAGACGUCAAGAGCUCCAACAUUCUCCUGGAUGAGCAUUUUGUUCCGAAGCUGGGGGACUUUGGCCUGGCUCGUUUCAGCCGCUACUCCAACAACUCGGGCAACAGCUGCACGGUGGCUCGGACGAGGACGCUGCGGGGGACGCUGGCAUACCUUCCCGACGAGUACAUCAAGAGUGGACAGUUGGCUGUGGAGCUCGACACCUACAGUUUCGGCGUGGUUCUGCUUGAAAUCCUGACCGGAAGGAAGGCUUUGGAAAAUGAUGGAUCGGCAGAUUCCAAGUAUCUGAAGGACAUCCUCGAGGAGGAAGAGGAGAGCGAGGAGGAGAAGCAGGAGAGCUCUGUGUCGACGGACGUGGCCGGGAGCCAGCAAGUGGCCGUCAAGGUCUGCCAGAAGUACCUUGACCGGAGGGCGGGGGCCUGCACGGCGGACAUCCCACUACAGCUCUGUGUCUUGGCCUCCGAAUGCCUCAACCGCCGCAGGAAGAGGAGACCAAAGAUGACGAAGGUGUACGAGAGGCUGGAGGAGCUGAGGAACGGUCUGCGUUCGCCGCCCUGCCAGGAGGCUGCCUCGCUCUCCAACAUCUCCGUGCCGGAGCUCUCCGAGAGACUGCAGCGCUCUUCGCUGAGCCCCGUGCAGAACACUUACCGCUUCGCCGCUGGCGACUCUCUCAGUCCCGCCCUGUGGUGCCCGUCCCGGGACUGGACUGCCGGCAUCAGAACCGGCUCAGCCCCUGUCCCCGAGUGCACCCCGGGUUUCCCCUCCUCCGUGGCCAAGUUCUGCCAGCCCGUGGAGAGUGAUGACAGUUCAACUGACCGCGGCGGCGGCAGCCAGCACUGGAGUCUCAGCAGCUCCGCCUGGCUCCAACCCUCCCUGCGUCCAGCGGACACAUCCAUCCUGAUGUCCGGCGCCCCAUCCCGGCCUCCGGUCUUGGGGGAGCCCCACGGAGCGCAUGCAUCCUUCCUGUCCACCGACUCCCGAGUUUCGUCCUUGCCGUCCCGGCAGAUCGUGGUAAACCCGGCCAAGCAGAAGAUCCUUCAGCAGUUUGCACUUUAUAACGCGGGACAGAUCAACAGCAGCGAGCUGCUCUCCUCUGCAGCGAGGCAGGAGCGCUGGUCCGGACUCAGCCGCAGGGCCCCAGAGGAGAGCGAUGAAUUCGACUGAGGAUUUCCAUCCCCCUCCUCCCCCACCAACCCCUGGUGUGGGAGAGACGGGCCUGAGGUAUUCAGAGCGCCGGAGGACAGAUCGGUUCCCGUGCUGUGCUGAUAUAGGAGAGGUCAGCUCACGGCUCCUGCCCCCAAGGAAUCCAAGCCGGCAACUUAUUCGACACUCCCUCUCUACCCCUGGCUCCCUCCCUCCCGUCUCACUUCCCUACCUCCCUCCUGCCCACAUCCAUCCUUUACCAAAUAAUGAGUUCCCUCUUCUCCACCCCCCACCCCUCCCCAUCUCUCACUGCUUCCCCUCCCUCCCUCCUUCCUCCUCCCAUUCCCCUCCCUCUCUAACUAACCGACUGCCUGCCUCCCUGCCGCUGACGGACCCUCUCCUCAAUCCGGGACAGGACUCCUCCGCAUUGGGACCCUUGUCCCGGGACCGCGACUGUGUCUCUGUCUCCUGCGGAGGAAGAGGUGAGGCCGUGGGGAUGUUGCUGGACGGUCGACCCACCACUCAUCCCAGUCCACGUCGUCCCAGGAUCUCCAACAGCAAGGCGGGGAGACCUUCUCCCCGGGGGCAGAGGCAGAGUUCGGCCACGCUGGAGCGCAGGACAAGGGGGGACGACCUCGUGGACAUUUAUGAAAUCACGAGAUGGACGGUCGCAGGCUUUUCCUCAGGGUCAGAGUGGAGUGCACAGAUACGUGACAGGCGAGAUACUGAAAAGAGAUGACUGUUUCACUCAGAACGAGCUGCCCGUGGGGGUACAGCUGCAGCAUUUAAAAGACAUUUGCACACAAGGGAAGGAGUCUGAAGGCUGUUGGGCUGAACGAGGAGACAGAUGCUGUGGUCAGCAUGGUCCAGUUCAACUGAAGAUCCUGCUUCUUCAGCGCACACACGCACAGACACAUACGCACUCUCACAUACACUCUCUCAUGCACGCUCUCUCACACGCACUGUCACACUCUCAUACACUCUCUCACACACACUCAUACACUCUCUCACACAAACACGCACGCUCUCUCAUGCACUCUCACUCUCUCUCGCGCUCUGUCUCACACUCUCACACUCGCACACACACACACAUAAGCACAUGUGCGUACGUACAUGCACAUAUCUCAAAGGGCAGUAAGUAACCGGCUGUUCAUUUCCAGGAACGGCAGCCUCUCAAUAAAGAAAUUGCUUCCCAGCUGGUGCCUGCCGUGUCUGUGGGGUGGGGAGCACCACUGCGGCUGGAGAGGGCAGCAGUCUACAUCGUCCCCCCAACCUGUGGUUCAGCGCAGGGAGGUUUUUGACAGACAGGAUGAUCCCGGCGCGAUACCCGCUGUGAGUUUGACUCUUGGACGGCGCCUGUAGACGGGCAAGCGGUGCCCCUCGUUCCGCUGUGUUUACCCCGCAGGUUGCAAGGAUGACAAGGUGUAGACCAGCAAACCAGACUCACUGAGAGAAGCACACACAAAAUGCUGGAGGAACUCAGCAGGUCAGGCAGCGUCUAUGGAGAGAAACAGUCGACAUUUCGGGCCGAG